AAAUGUAACUGAAGCCCCAUGUGAUUGAUCAUGUGACAUAUAAUGUGUAGUUGAGAAAUUAUUGUAAACAAAAGACAUUUUUAUUUAGAACAGAAAUCAUGCUUUUUAAGCAGCUUAUUUUUGUGUGUUUAUGCUUUAAAGCAGCAUCCUGUAUAAGAUUGGAAUUCUCUGAAAGUGACUUACAGAUUGUUGUUGGUCAGACAGCAUCUAUUAAACUUAAAUCAAAUGGCAGUGUUGUGAAUGACACUACAAUACAGUUUACAUAUCAGAUUGGAAAUGGAGGAGCUGAAUUUACUCAGGGCUCAGAUGAUUAUGUGAAACCUUUGCCAAAUUUAACUGUGACAGCAAACACUAGCAUUGACAAAACAAUAGAUAUAACUUGUAAUAAUCCUGGUCAUUUAAUCAUAGGACUAAGCUCAAAUUCAUCAGAAUUUCAGGGCUUGAAAGAUGUGUUUGUUAGGAUAGACUUGGUCAACAGUAAAAUUCUUAUUACAAUCAAUGCCAUUAUUGGCUGGGUGUAUUUUGUUGCAUGGUCGAUAUCUUUCUAUCCACAAGUAUAUGAAAACUUCAGGAGAAAAAGUGUAAUUGGAUUGAAUUUUGAUUUUCUGCUGUACAACAUCACAGGAUUUCUGGCAUAUGGAUUCUUCAAUGUAGGAAUGUUCUGGGUGUCUAUUGUAAAGGAUGAGUACCAUUCUAAUCACCCGAAAGGAAUAAACCCGGUACAACUGAAUGAUGUAAUAUUUACAUUACAUGCAAUAUUUGUGACAAUUAUAACCAUUAUACAAUGCUUCAUAUAUGAGAGAGGAGGUCAGAAGAUAUCCAAAGUCAGUUUAGUUCUUGUGAUAGGGGCGUGGUUGUUUGCUGGUAUUUCAUUGGUUGUUACACUUUUUCACAAGAUAACCUGGUUAACGUAUCUCUACUACUUCUCAUAUAUAAAACUUGGUGUAACGCUCAUCAAAUAUAUGCCACAGGCCUACAUGAAUUUUAAGCGUAAGAGCACGGAUGGAUGGAGUAUAGGAAAUGUGUUGUUGGAUUUUACUGGUGGAUCUCUUAGUCUUCUACAAAUGUUUUUACUGUCAUACAACAGUGAUGACUGGGGCUCAAUAUUUGGUGAUCCAACAAAGUUUGGCCUCGGAUUUUUCUCCAUAUUGUUUGACAUAUUGUUUAUAGUACAGCAUUACUGCCUGUAUCGACACAAUGAACCAUAUGGGUCUCUUGUGGACCAUGAAUAUGAAGAAAAAGAAAUCCUUGUUAAUGAUGAUGAGCCAACAUAUAAAUCAUAUAAUGGAAUAGGUUAGAUUCCAAUGGUUCAAUACAAUAAAUGGAGGAACUAUAAAAGCAGACGUGUUCUUACGCAUAUUUAGAAAUGGUCUUUUGCAUUUUUUGGCAGUGAAAACUUCAGUCCCACUUUUCCUCUUCAUCGCUAAGUCAUCUGCUCUUAAACAGUAUCACAGACAAAAGCAUGUGUUCUUUUAAGUGAACUAUGUGAACUAGUGACUAUAACUAUCCCAGUGUAGCAAUUAGAUAGUCAAUUCCCUAAUUUGCAUAAAACUGUAAACACUGAAAAGUCUGUUGGCAUUUUACAUUUAAAAAGUUGAAGACCUGCUAUGUUGACAUCUUCCCUAUUUUAUGUCUGAGAGAAGCAUUAUGCUAAUUUAUAGACAAGUUUUAGGGUUGUAUAAAGUUUGGAGAUAUUCCUUGAACAUUUUUUACAUGUUUCUUAAAAUUGUUUAUCUUAGGUGCAAAAUAAUACACAAUAAUUCAUUCUGCAGUCUUUAAUAAUCAUGCUUUCUGUAAUAAUUUUAUACAGGGUUCAUACAUUAGACGUUUUACAUUGUUUACAGCUUAUAAUGUGUCUUGAAGUAACGUUUAUGAAUCAAGGUUUCUAUAAUGUUAUGUUCCAUGUAACAACUUUAUGCAUUGUCCAUACCAUAGAUAUAUAGACUAUAUAAUUUGAAGGUGUUUCAAAUGUAUUAAAGAGGAGAGUAUUGCCCUUAUAGUAAAGAUGUCUGCUUUCUCGUUAGUGUUAAGGUCAUAAUUCGGUUAUCCCAUAUGGUAUUAGUUCUGGCUGAAAGUGAUAAUAAAUCUGUUAAGAAAAUGAAAAAAAAUCCACAUGUAAGCUUCUAUUAAUAUGUUAUAAAGAUCAUGUAGUUUAUUAUUGUCAAAUCCACUCUAGCAUGGAUAUGUUGCUUAUGCUACCAAUAUUAUUCUCAUUUGGUUGUAGCUUGUUUAUGGUCGGUGAUUCUAGAAUAUUUGUUUGUUGUUGUUUUUGAUGAUAUAUUCCAUGUAUUACUACACAUGUUUAAUCUGUUAAAGUUAAAUGCUUACCCUGUGAUUUCCUGUACAUUUUCCUGCAAUAAUAGCCAAUAUAUUCCCUUUUUAAGCUAGUAUAUGUGAUAUGGGCAGUGAAAUGAACAAAUCAAUGUUGUUUUUUUUAAUAUUUCAUUUGUACAUUUAUUUGCUAUAAUGGUGAACAGAAUCCAUAUAAUGCAUGGUUAUAUUUUCCCUUUGAUUUUUUGUUCAUACAGUAUUUGCUAUAGCAGUGAAAAUGAUUAAUAAGUGAUUACUUGUACUCUGUUCUUAUUUUGUACCAGUGUUCAUAUACAAUGUAUCCAGAUGUUGUAAAUAUUCUCUGAUGUUCACCAGAUAUAGUGGAGAAUAUGUUUUGUAAUUAAAUAUAUAAUCUGUGAUUUUGAUUAUACCCCGGUUUGUUCCCUACUACAGUUUUUAGAUAUGUGUAUGUUCAGUAUAUAAUUUACGAUGAUAUUUUCUGGUUGAGUAUUUUGUCUGUAAUAUUAUUAUGUUUCCUGCUUUUAAUUAUACAUGUAUGUACCAUGUUAUGUUUUACAAAUAUAUAUUCCUUGCUAUGGUAGUGAAUAUAGUAUAAUAGUGGGUUAAUACACCAUUUUCAUGCAUAAAUAUCUGCAGAAGCAUGAGGACAACAUUUAAAGCCCAAGCCCCAGGGACGAGUAAUUUGAUAAGUCAGAGGGCAAAAAAAGUAUAAUUAUGUUUGAUAUGUUAAAGGUAUUCCACUGAGGCUGAAAAGCCUAAAACUUGAAUGGGAGAUCUUAAAACAGACAGAUAUGCAGAUGGUAAUUAAGAAUUAUUCUCUGUAGUAAGUAUUUAUUUACUGAGGCUACACAUUUGGUUACCCAAUCUUCCAUGUGGGCCUCAAAACAUAAAAACAAAGUGCACAAAUGAUCUGAAAUUUGGCACACAAGUUAAAGGUGUAGAUCGUAACCAAACAGAACAUUAAUAUCAAAACAUUAUUUCAAUUCUAGUCACAAACCUCAGUGGAGUCCCUUUAACUUUGGACUGCGUCAUUUGUUGAAUGAGCUUUUAUGAACCUGUGAUUUUGAAUAGAUCUGUUUUGAUAUGUUCUGUGCUAUGCUAUAGUAGUGAAUUCUUUCAUAGUUAGAAUAAUUAUAAAUGAUACACGAUAAAUGAUACAUGUGUACCCUGUAAAGAAUAAAGCUUUAUAUAUGAACCCUGUGAUUUUUGUACAUACAUGUAAUUAAGUAAACUGCGAAAUUUAAUGUUGAAUAUAGACCUUGUUUAAUGUUAUAGAUGUUAUGUUCAGAUGUUUUUUAUGAUAUCAGUUAACACUGUUCAUUUUGAAUAUUUGUUUUCAUUCUCUUUACCUGUAGAUAUUAUGACUGUGCGGUUGUAUUAUUGAUAUUUGUUCCCUGAAAAAAAAAAUGUAGCAUACUAGAUUUUAUGUUGCUGUAAAUGAUGUUAAACUUCAACAUUAUGUGUAUGUAUAAAAUGUAUAAUAAUGAGCCGCGUCACGACAAAAACAGCGUUAUGCAUUUACGACCAGCAUGGAUCCAGGCCAGCCUGUGCAUCCGCGCAGUCUGAUCAGGAUCCAUGCUGUUCGCUAUCAGUUUCUCUACUUGUAAUAGGGUUGGUAAGGGAACAGCAUGGAUCCUGAUCAGACUGCACAGAUGCGCAGGCUGGUCUGGAUUCAUGCUGGUCGCAAACCCAUUAUGUUGGUUUUGUCAUGGCGCAGCUCAUUUGUAAACAGUUUUCUAUUAUCCAGAUGAUUUAUCACUGUUAUUUUGUGUUGUUGUUGUUGUUGUUUAUUUAAAUAAUAAUUGAUUACUAGCGAGCAUAUUGAACAAUCUUAAUAACAAAGUGAGAGGAAAAAAGAAUGAGUUUUGCAAUCUGUGUGUUAUGUGUUUUGUUUGUUUUUGUUUUUUAAUUUCAUGUUCAAAUAAAACUUCUUUUCUUUGAUUUUUAGCAUUACAUGUAUUUGAAAACGAUGUUUUAUUACUGGCAAAUCUUGGCACAGAAAAAUAUGUUUCUUUGUAUUAUUAAUUAGAUAUAUACAUGUAUGUCAUGUAUACCUAUUACUCAUGUAUUGUGCAAUAUUGUAGCCUAGAAUAUAAUUAUUCAAUAAUGUGCCAAAAUUAAGCUAGCAAAGAAUGCUUUUUAUGUUGUCAGAAAAAAAAUCUUUUAAAUAACAUUUCUUAUCAAUUAUUUUUUUUUACAGAUAAAUGGCAAAAUAUUUAAUAAUAAAUUAUCAUAAACCA